AUGGGGAAUCAAGUUGAUAACAAGUUCACGUGGCUGAUUAAGGAUUACUGCACUUGGCUACCGAAUUCAUAUCGUUCUGAUCAAUUUGUGAUCGGUGGCUGCACAUGGUAUCUUCAUGCCUGUUUCAGGAGACAUAGAGAUAAAGAUUUUAACUGUUUGUAUGUGUAUCUGGUAGAUGCUGAUUUUGAAUCCGCCUGGCGUCGUGACGAAAGAUGGAUAAAGUCCGUACAGGUAACCUUCACUGUGGUAAAUCAACUUUCUCAGGAACACUCAAAAGUGAAAGCAGCAGGCUUCUUUUUUGAUCAUAAUAAACCAAAGUGUUCUAUAUCUAUGAUUCGCCUUAGCAAGCUUCAUGCAAAAGAUGCUGGAUUUCUUGUGAACGAUGAACUCGAGAUUGUUGUUGUGAUAGAUGUUCUUAGUGUAUCAGAUGGAUCUCUAAAGGCCAAGAAACCUUUGAAUAGGCCUGAAGAACCAAUAGAUUUGGUGGAUGUCAAUGGGUUACAAGUUAUUCCUUCAGAGGUGGAUUUGGCGAGGCGUAUCUUUGAAUUACACCCAAAGACUGCAAAGAAGUACCGUACGAAGAACGAAUAUAUGAGAAGAUUUCAUACGAAAGUCCUCCUCGAUCUAACCAAGAGGUUCUUCAAAGUUCCAUAUGAAGACUCCAGUUAUGAUGUGUCUGAUUUUGAAGGUGCUCUGACAUACCUGAAAAGUGUUGGGUUUAAGUUGGAUUGGUUGGAGAAGAAACUUGAUGAAGUGAAAGAGAACAAGAAGAAAUGUGCCCGAUUGACUAAACUGGAGCAGCAGCGGCAAGACAUGAUGGAUAAGUACACAGACGUAAGAAACCAGCUGGAGAAGGAGAGGGCAGAGAUCAAGAAGACAGCUCAUGAUCUAUCUUUCAUUGAUAUAGUUUGA